CGGUUGGACCAAUCACAGUGAAACACCGGCGCCAGCUAGCCAAUCACGAGCAUCUUCAGCGCGUUUGCCUGUCCUCUGGCUGAGCGGUAUUUCAGUGAGUACAUCAGCCUGUCCUCUUCAUCAUGGCUUCUGGAGCUUUGUUCCCCAGCAUGGUGUCUGGGUCCCGCGGCUCCUCCAGCAAGUACCUGGUGGAGUUUCGGGCCGGUAAGAUGACCAUGAAGGGCAGCACGGUGACCCCUGACAAGCGCAAAGGCCAGGUUUACAUACAGCAGACCGACGACUCGCUCAUCCACCUCUGCUGGAAGGAUCGGACCACCGGGAACGUGGAUGAUGACCUGAUCAUCUUCCCUGAUGACUGUGAGUUCAAACGGGUGAACCAGUGCACCACCGGACGAGUCUAUGUGCUGAAGUUCAAAGCUGGCUCCAAAAGACUCUUCUUCUGGAUGCAGGAGCCAAAGAGUGACAAGGAUGAGGAGCACUGCCGUAAAGUGAACGAAUAUCUCAACAACCCUCCCAUGCCCGGUGCUCUGGGUAGUGGCGGCAGCGGAGGUCACGAUCUGUCUGCUCUGGGGGGAGAGGGUGGUCUGCAGAGCCUUCUGGGUAACAUGAGCCACAACCAGCUCAUGCAGCUCAUUGGACCAACUGGACUGGGGGGGAUCGGUGGUCUCGGGGCACUUGCUGGCCCAGGAUUGGCCAACCUCCUGGGAAGCAGCAGCAGCAGCAGCAGCAGUGUUCCUGCAGCCAGUAAUUCCUCCACAAGUCCGUCCACAGCUGUCACCCCCACCUCCACCUCUGCUGCCAGUCGUCUCGGCUCCACCCAGGUGCCCACCACCCCCAUCACUCCCUCCGCCACCACAGUGGCCUCGCCCACAGCCACCACCCCCUCCACCCCUGCUGUGUCCUCUGUAGCAGCGGGGGCAGCCAACCCCACACAGCCCAUCCAGCUGAGAGACCUGCAGAGCAUCCUGGCCACCAUGAAUGUGCCCGGCAGCGGACAGGGAGUGGACCUCGCCAGCGUCCUGACACCUGAGAUCAUGGCUCCCAUCCUUGUCAACCCUGAGGUGCAGCAGAGGUUGAUGCCUUAUCUGCCGUCUGGAGAGUCCCUGCCUCAGAGCACAGAGGAGCUCAACAACACGCUCAGCUCGCCUCAGUUUCAGCAGGCAAUGAGCAUGUUCAGCAGUGCCCUGGCGUCCGGGCAGUUAGGGCCUCUGAUGAACCAGUUUGGUUUGCCUGCGGAAGCUGUGGAUGCAGCUAACAAAGGAGAUGUUGAGGCUUUUGCCAAAGCCAUGGAGACUGAGACAAAGUCGGACGAGGAUGGAGACUCCAAAGACAAGAAAGACGACGAUGAAGACAUGAGUCUGGACUAAGAACUCUUAAAGUUUAUUAUUUAAGUUAUUUAUUUAGCUGCUUUGUAACUGUUAAACAUUAAGGUUAAAGAUUAUGGUUAAUAUAGUAGAAACUGUCACUAAGACUCCUCUCCCUCGCUGAUUGUGCCAUGUUCAUCCUCCAACAGUGUGUUGAAUUAAAAUAAACUGAACAUGUAUUUUACCUGCAUGAGAGCUAGUCUGAGCUGUCCGAACACAAUGGAACAUUAAAACGAUGAGAAACACGCUCUA